AUGGCCAAUGAUCACAUCGUUGAUCUACGUGUGCCGUUUCCAGACGUUAGACAGGCAGAAAUUGCCUGUAAUACUUUGAGUGUGGACCAGGAACCUCGCCGAGGUGGGGCUACGAAAACUAUCAACACUGAAGGAAAUAUUCUUUGCUUAAAGAUCUGUGCUGCUGAAGCUAAAGUGCUAAGAGUAAGUCUGAACUCCUUCCUGGACCAUCUCGCAUUGGUGGUGGAAACCAUUGACCAGUUCGGACCUCCAACAUAGGUGAACAUCAAGGGAGACUAGUGAGAGUGAGUUUCAUCUCCUUUCUGGAAGACCUGGUCUUGGUGGUGGAAGCUAUUGACCAGUUUGGACUUCCAACAUAGGUGAAGAUCAAGGGAGACAACUGGGAGUGAGUUUCAUCUGCUUUCUGGAAGACCUGGUCUUGGUGGUGGAAGCCAUUGACCAGUUUGGACUUCCAACAUAGGUGAACAUCAAGGGAGACAACUGGGAGUGAGUUUCAUCUGCUUUCUGGAAGACCUGGUCUUGGUGGUGGAAGCCAUUGACCAGUUUGGACUUCCAACAUAGGUGAACAUCAAGGGAGACUAGUGAGAGUGAGUUUCAUCUGCUUUCUGGAAGACCUGGUCUUGGUGGUGGAAGCCAUUGACCAGUUUGGACCUCCGACACGGGUUAACAGCAAGGGAGACAACUUUUGAGUGCUAAGUGUGUCUCAGUUUCUUCCUGGACCACCUGGCAUUGGUGGUGGAAGCCAUUGACCAGUUUGGACUUCCAACAUAGGUGAACAUCAAGGGAGAAAACUGAAAGUGAGUUUCAUCUGCUUUCUGGAAGACCUGGUCUUGGUGGUGGAAGCCAUUGACCAGUUUGGACCUCCAACACAGGUUAACAGCAAGGGAGACAACUUGUGAGUGCUAAGCGUGAGUCUCAAUUUCUUCCUGGACCAUCUGGCAUUCGUGGUGGGAACUAUCAACCAGCCUGGACCUCCAACACAGGUGAACAACAAGGGAGAAAAUUAUCAGCUGACCACAUCUCCUGGAUCAGCCCAGUAUUCAUAAAAGAGACAGAUAUUUGUAUUUGGACAGCAUAUUAUUGACAUUCUGAUAACGAUUCGCUGAGAAGUUUUUUCCUCGGAAGCUAAUUCAUCACUUUUUCCAGUGUUAAGAGUAAUUAAAAACAAAUAAAGC